AUGGAAGCAAUACUCGAUCUCAUCUAUAAAGUCAGUUCUGGCAUAAUCCUCUUCUUCUCACUGAUGUCCUUGUUCAUCUGCUCCUUAUGGCACAUCUUCAUAGUUAACCUAUUCGGGAAUGAUCAGGCUUCAAGAGAAACAAAAAGUACUGACACUAAAAUUAAGUCUCAACCAAAUGAAAAAUUCCAAAAACACAAGAGAACUGUCUCCACUACUCCUUUGCAAAAUGAGGUCGACCAAGAAAUAGAUUUGGAAUUGGAUACUUUAAACAAUAUCGAAUUCGAUCAUACCAUCACAAACCCUAAUGAUGAAAAAUUAAGAAAACAGAGAUCGGAAAAUAUUGAAAACCCAUUCCAUGACGUCUUGGACCUAGAAGAUACAAAUCUAGUGCCCGAUUUGAACUAUUACUAUAACCAAUACGAUAUUGAAAUUGAGAAUUUUGAAUUGACCACUGAAGAUGGAUUCGUCAUCGAAUUAUGGCAUAUGAAGAAUAGAAAUGAAAAUCUAAGUGUUAAAAGGAAACCUUUAUUGUUAUUGCAUGGACUGCUACAGAGCUGUGGGUCUUUUGCUUCUUCUGGACGUAAAAGUUUAGCAUAUUUUUUCAAUGAAUCAGGUUAUGACGUCUGGUUAGGUAAUAAUAGAUGUGGAUUUAACCCCAAAUGGAGCACCGAGUCAAAUAAAAGUGGAAGAUCUAAGUGGAAUUGGGAUAUAAAUGAUAUGGUUAAAUAUGAUCUAAAACUAUUGGUCGAACAAGUUAUAGAACGGACAGGAUAUCCCAAGAUUACUUUAAUAGCACACUCGCAAGGUACCACCCAAGGGUUUAUGGGAUUGGUAAAUGGAAAGAAACUAUAUGAAAAUGAUGAGUUUUCGUUAAAUGAUAAACUAGAGACAUUUGUAGCAUUAGCCCCAGCGGUAUACCCUGGUCCAUUAUUGCAUGAAAAGAUAUUUGUGAAAUUGAUGGCAAAAGGUAUCGAUCAUCCUAUGAUAUUUGGUAAUAGAUCGUUCAUGCCAUUUAUGAUCACAAUGCGUGAUAUAUUAGUUGGAUGGAGAAUAUUUUCAUAUUUAUCAUACAUUAUGUUUAACUAUAUGUUUGAUUGGAAUGAUUAUCUGUGGGAUAAAAAAUUGCGUGAUAGACAUUUUUUAUUUUCACCAGUUAAUAUAUCAGUUAAUUUAAUGAAAUGGUGGUUGAGCAGUAAACAAUUGAGUUUUAAACAUGGGUAUCAUAAGAUAUUUCCUCAAGAUAGACGAUGGAUAGAAGAGAAAGGACCUAGGAUAUUGUUGUUUGUACCACGCCAAGAUAGGUUAGUCGACGGUAAGCAAUUGAUCAAUCAUUUCAUUGAGCACGAGGAUCAUUCCAAGUACAAGAUAUGGUAUAUCGAUGAGUAUUCCCAUUUGGAUGUGUUAUGGGCGCAUGAUGUGAUUGAACGUAUCGGCAAAGAGAUAUUGGAAGAGAUAGGUCAAUAA